CUUCUUCUUUCCCUGCCUGUUUUGGGCUUCUUCUGCUUAAGUCUCUCGAUUCUCUUUCAAUAUAGGCAUAGAACAUCCCAGUCCUCUGCAGUAGAAUGGUGUGCGCUACCAUCAAAAAGGUUACAACGUUCUCUAACAUCAUCCGCUCGCAAAAACGACAUGGGGGAAACACAGUGACAGUCACCGACCCUCGAACCCUCACCGAGCUCUGGCCGGUCCCAGUGGCCGCUGAAAACGACUUGCGCGAGGCGGUACAGGCAGCCCGUCGACAGCAAUGUCUGCACCGGAUGGCAGACGAGCUGGAGACCCGACAAGACGAGCUCCGUCCUAUCCUUGCCAAGGAGUUAGGCAAGUCGGAUGUCCUGGCGAAAAUUGAGGUUGACGAUGCCUUACGAUUCCUCCGGUUUAAUGCCGCCCAGUCAUGUCCCGAUAAGAACGACGCCAUAUGCCCGUGGACCUUCCCGCUGGUGCUGGCGGUGGCCAAGAUAGCAGCGGCCCUGGUUAUGGGCAACUGUGUGAUCGUAAAGCCCUCCCCGAUGACCCCUUACGCGACCCUGAGAUUUGUUGAAUAUACAAGAGAUAUCCUCCCCAAGUGGAUACUUCAGGCGCUAAAUGGGAGCGAUGAGGUCGGGGCGCGCAUGACCACCCAUCCGGGCAUGGACAAGAUCAGCUUCACCGGGUACACCGCCACGGGCCGCCGUAUAGCAGAAAGCGCGGGGCGGUCGCUCAAGCGCGUGACGCUGGAGCUCGAGGGCAACGACGCCAGCAUCGUCUGCGCUGAUAUCGAAGUGGACGAGGUAGCCGUCCGAAUGUGCGUGGCCACCAAGCGAGUCUACGUCCACCGCGACAUCCUGCCGCAGUUCCGCUCCGCCUUCAUCGCUGCAGUUCAGAAGAUCGUCAUCGACCGCGCGGCCGAGCACUCCCCGCUAUUCAGCCCACUGCAAAACCGCAUGCAGUACCAACUUGUUCAAGAAUUCCUCGCUGAUAGCGCCAAACAAGCUCACACCUUCUCUGUGGGCGGCCCCGAGCGCGACGGGAAACCACUGCCGGGGUUGUACAUCUCCCCAACCGUGGUGGAUCGUCCGCCAGACAAUGCCCGCAUCGUCCAGGAAGAACAAUUUGGGCCCGUUAACCCCUUUCUUGAGUGGUACGACGAGGCCGAGCUCAUCCGCCGCUUGAAUGCCACCAAGAGCGGUGGAAUCGGAGGCGAAUGGGGACGUCAGGGUUUGCUGUCCCAUUGCCAUACUCAAACCCUACAGUUUUACAAGUGAAGUCGAGAAACCAUCAAUCACUCGCUGACGCCACGGCGGAAACGCCACUGAAAACAUGCGGAUAUUGAAAUCCCAAAUUGAGGGCGCCAUAUCCGCCCAGCAAAAAAUGUUCAUAAAGCCCU